UAGUUUACAUUGCCUCAGUUUGUCGGCGUUGUACUGUGAGUUCAGCGUAGUUUAACGUUUAUUUUGCGACUGUGACAAAACUUUUCUAAGGCUAUUUUACGUUUGUUAUUUGCAAAAUGGAUGACGAAUGUGAAUCGUACAAACUGUGGCGUAUUCGAAAAACUGUUAUGCAGCUUUGUCAUGACAGAGGAUAUUUAGUCACACAAGAUGAAUUGGAUCAAACAUUAGAACAGUUUAAAGAACAAUUUGGAGAUAAACCCAGUGAAAAAAGACCCGGACGUAGUGAUUUAAUAGUCCUUGUGGCACAUAAUGAUGAUCCUACAGAUCAAAUGUUCGUUUUCUUUCCUGAAGAACCAAAAAUUGGUAUAAAAACUAUUAAAACUUACUGCCAGAGGAUGCAAGAAGAAACCAUUACUCGUGCUAUUAUUGUUGUUCAACAAGGAAUGACUCCAAGUGCAAAACAAUCUUUAGUUGAUAUGGCACCGAAAUACAUUUUGGAACAGUUUUUGGAAUCUGAACUUCUAAUUAAUAUAACUGAACAUGAAUUAGUACCUGAACACAUUGUUUUGACACCAGAUGAAAAACAAGAACUUUUGUGCAGAUACAAAUUAAAAGAAAACCAGCUUAUGAGAAUUCAAGUUGGUGAUCCAGUUUCUCGUUACUUUGGCUUAAAAAGAGGACAAGUAGUAAAAAUUGUACGAAAUUCUGAAACUGCUGGUCGUUAUAUUUCAUACAGAUUGGUAUGCUAAAUCUGAAUAUUAAAAGCUUUUGUAAUUUGUUCACUUAAAAAAAAUUAUACUAUAAUUAUAAAUAUAAGACAUUUUUAAUAGGUA